UCACUGAUAAUUGCGAUGCACCUUAGUGUUGUAUAUAAUUUACUUUUUGUCUCUGAAAAUACACAUUAAAAUUGAUACAAAUUCUGUGUUCUUGUUGCAUACACCAGUGAAGUGUAGUGAUUCCAAAUACUCAUAAAAACACAAUUUGUUGUGUCUUAUCCUUUGUUUUGCUAGUUGAAGACAGUAUGCUCCCAUCAAGUGUUUGCUGCUACGUUUGUAUAGUACUGGCAAUCAUGAUGAAACAAAUUUUGUUUGUUCAUUCUGCAUCGUUACGAAGUUACGAGCAAUACGAUAACAAUUUGGAGGAUCAGCCAGAAGAUGUACUGAUUGAUUUGAUUACAAGAUAUGGCCAGACCAUUAUGCGGGCAAGAGACGACUUAGAAAACUCGAAGCGCACUGUAGAUUUUGGACUGUCCAGGGGAUAUUCAGGUGCACAAGAGGCGAAACAUAGAAUGGCGAUGGCUGUGGCAAACUUUGCAGGUGGACCGGGACGAAAACGUAGAGUGGACAACAGAAAUGCAGAAGACUAAAAAACUGGUGAUUAAAUAAAGUAUGGGUCUCAUAUAGAUAGAUGCAACAAAAAACUGUAAUAAAAAAUGUGAUUUUCCAGAAUAAGAACUAUUUUUGGUCUGAAUGAUAAUAAAAUUACCUUAUCCACAAACAUAUAAAACGUGAUUGAUGAUUUUCUUAUUUGUAAAGCGAAUACCAAGAAUACAAAACGUAUUCUCCCGAUGAUUUCAAGUAUCAACAAAUACCCUUCCAUGGAAAGAUUUUAUGAUUCACGAUAUAAUAUGUAUAUGAGAUCCAUAUAAAAUUGACUAAGUGCAAAUAUACAAACCCCAAACACGCAAUAAUUUGUUGCAAUGCAAGUCUUUGAACAUUUUGUCAUAUUGUAAAUAUUAGCAAUUCAGAAAAAUAGCAAUAACAUUUGUUGAUUACAAUCGCAGCAAUAGGUAUAAUUAUUUUUAUAUAUGUGUUAUAUUGAACUCUGAAUAAUAAAAUGUCUGAUACUUGUAA